AUGGACGCACUAGUAGCCAAGUAUCGCCGUCCUGCGGCCAUGAUGCAGGAGCAGUUCGGCGAGGAGGAGGAAAUGGACAUCAUGGGCGCUGAGAACCCUGCCCUGUCCCUCAAGUUUGCCAUGCCUCCAGUUACUCACCCCUCAGCCUGGCUCCGCUCAGCGACCGACGACCGAUCGAACCCGCAAUGCCCCAUCAAGAUCGCCCACGGCACCACCACGCUCGCCUUCCUCUUCCAGGGCGGCAUCAUCGUAGCCACAGACUCCCGAGCCACGGCCGGCAACUGGAUCGCCUCGCAGACGGUCAAGAAGGUCAUCGAGAUCAACUCUGUCCUUCUAGGCACCAUGGCUGGUGGUGCCGCCGACUGCCAGUACUGGCUCGCUUGGCUGGGCAUGCAGUGCCGUCUCCACGAGCUCCGACACAAGCGCCGCAUCUCGGUGGCGGCGGCGUCCAAGAUCCUGGCGAACCUCGUCUACUCGUACAAGGGCAUGGGUCUGAGCAUGGGAACCAUGUGUGCUGGCGUCACCAAGGAGGAAGGCCCCGCGCUGUACUAUGUCGACAGCGAUGGGACGAGGUUGAAGGGGAACCUUUUCUGCGUUGGUAGCGGACAGACGUUUGCCUAUGGUGUGUUGGACGCUGAGUACCGAUACGAUUUGACGGAUGAGGAGGCGUUGGAGUUGGGGAGCAGGAGUAUCCUUGCGGCGACGCAUAGGGAUGCUUAUUCGGGUGGUUACAUCAACCUGUACCAUGUCAAGGAGGCCGGAUGGGUGAAGCAUGGCUUCAAUGAUACGAACCCUAUCUUCUGGAAGACGAAGUUGGAGAAAGGCGAGUUCACCAACGUUACGAGCUCGCUGGAUUAA